AUGCCAGAGACUCUGUCCAUCAAGAUGCUGGAUUCUCCUGAGACCGCCCAAGCGGAACUAGAUGAACCCCAAAAGCAAUACUCCCAAGGAGAGAUCGAUCGCCUUGAAGGUGAGCUCUCGCCCUUGGAUGCACUCGCCACUUUCAUGCGCCUAGGUGUCAUCAUACCCCCGUAUCCUCCCGCGUGCCAUAUUAUUAACGGUCGCCAUCUUCAUGGAUGUGGUCAGAAGGUUAAGCACGUUUCAGACACCGAUGAGUUUAAAAGGUUGGAGCUGACUGGGGAGAACACUAUUGUCGACCUGGUAAAGACUCCGUUUUCUGAUCUCGACAGCCAAAUUCACGUUGUACGAAGCCGCACACCUUUUAAGAAAAGAUCGCGAGGGCCAUUGGUGAACACAACUUCCAAUAUGACUUCAGAGUCAAAGCUCCUACCAACAUACAAUUCUUUUCCGACUAGAAAAGAUUCUGCCAAGAUCAUCAAGUGCCUCCCUCACCAGGCACAACAGUCGACAAGGGGCCGCAAACCAAUGGAUCCAUUUGUUAGCCAGGAACUUCUUCACCGUGGAUAUAACCUCGAAUGCAUGCCACCACUCCAUUUGUUCGACACUCAGAUGUGCACCAAAGAAUUUCGGCUGAAAGACAUACGAAUCACGGAGGAUAUGAUGGAGGAUGCGGGCAUCGACGUUACGAAAAUAGCAGUCUCAAUGGGCGAGUGGUUGCUAUACUUCAGUUCAAAUGCGAGGCCUUGGGCUAUGCGUGCGUGCAUUGUCCUUGGUGCUUCCCCGGCCUAUGAAGCUUGGAAAUUCGGGCCCCUUGAGAUUGGCAUACACAUUCCUUCCUUUCACCAACUUCUAGAAGCAGAAGACAUGACCGUGGAGACGAUCUCUAUGUGCUUAGACGAGCUUAUAGGAGUGCUUCCAUCACCGCCGGAAUCCUACAACCAAUUAGGUGAUCCAGUAUGGUCCUCCUUCAGGACAGCCUACAUCAAACAAGGCAACGCAUGUCGCGCCAAGGAUUCCCUACCGAACCCGGAAGCUGUUAUAAAGCAUCUUGAAUCGCAGUACUUGGAAAUGGAGGAAGGAAGUGAGACGUCUCGAACCUGA